UCGUCAUAGCAUUUUACGGUCUUUUCCAGGCAGCGGCUGUUAGGUGCGUGCCAUCUUGUCGAAGAAUCUCAGCUAGCCAGACAAAUAGCUAGAGAAAGUAGGGUUUUGCGGUCCAAAAUCUGGUGCUAGGUUAUUGUAGAAAAUAGUUUAUUUACCGUGACUAUUGAAGGUUUCAUAUCGCGUUUUAAUGGCGUUAUAGUCAGAAGCAUCUAUUGUGUAAGAUAGCUAACGUUAGCAGUUAGCGGCUAAUUUCCCGCAUUUGUAUAUCGACAGCGUGGGAUCCUCGCAUUAUGGCCAACAACAAUGUCGCCGGGAACCAGCAACAACCACAGGCCGUGAGCAAGAUUGGCCCUAACGCUGGAAAACAUGGCAACAACUUGCCUCUCUGGGGCAACGAAAAGACUAUGAACUUGAACCCUAUGGUUCUCACCAACGUGCUCUCAUCUCCAUAUUUCAAGGUUCAACUGUAUGAAUUGAAAACCUACCAUGAGGUGGUGGAUGAAAUAUAUUUCAAGGUAACGCCGUCGAGACCCAUGUGCUACAAGUCUCGCUUACGUUAGCUAGCUUGCUUUGAUAUUGUAGCUAGUAGUAGGAGUAGCUAACGUUAGCUAGCUUGCUUUGAUAUUGUAGCUAGUAGUAGGAGUAGCUAACGUUAGCUAGUUAACUUUGGCUAGCUUCAUAGCUAGCUGUUUGAAUCAAUGAUUGGGGAAGUAACGUUAGGUAGCUUAAACUAUUCAUUGGCAGGUAACGUUAACUAACUUUUGCCUAACGCUACUUUUCCUAUUUUAUUGUGGCAGCAUGUAAUUAUAAUCUCAAUGUUCAUUCCACGGCUAAACGGACACAUUUCUGUUGACACAUUUGAGCGGUUUGCUAACGUUAGUUAUAUACCUAGCUAACAAACUCCACUUGUGUUUUCCUAUAGUUAAGUGGACUACUGAUAAUUGAGAAUAUUGUUUUGGAAGUAACGUUAGUUAAGUAAACUUUGUAGCCAACCUAGUUUACGUUAGAUAUUUGGCUAGCCAGUCUCGCUAACGUUAGCUUACAUAACACUAGCUAGUUAUCUUCAAGUUAUGUUGACUAGUGAGCGGUAAUAAAUCCACGAUCACACCAUACAAUGCAACAUCGUCAUAACAUAUUUGUCAUGAGAUUUGUCACUUAUGGUUUAACUUUAUGUUUUUGAGGCAGCCAACAAAUGACGUAACCAACGGCACAAUGUGAUUUUUGAAUCAUUGGGUCACCAUGUUGUUUUCUCCCUAGGUGACUCAUGUUGAGCCCUGGGAGAAAGGCAGCAGGAAGACUGCGGGACAGACUGGAAUGUGCGGAGGGGUAAGUUAGAAAGUACGUGCCUUUUGCCUUCCCCUGUUUCUAUCUCCCAGAUGCUCCCUGGCAUAUUUCAAAGGCUGCAACUGGGAGUAAAAUCCAUGCAAGUUACAUCCUGACCAGAGAAGCUAGUCUCUGCCAAAUCAUGUUCAUAAGUGCAUCACAUACAGUCGGGUCCAAAAUUAUUGGCACCCUUGACAAAUAUGAGCAAAAAAAUACCAUAAAAUAAAUAAUACUUAUUGGCACCCUUGACAAAUAUGAGCAAAAAAAUACCAUAAAAUAAAUAAUACAAAUACUGAGCUAGCUAUAUUGUGUGCAAAAUAAAAAAUGAAAUUAUAUGGUUUUAUACUAAUACAAUUGCUCAGAGAAAGAGAUUUUGUUUAACAAGUAAUCCCUUUUCAAAAAAAGGUAGGGGUAAAAAUGAUUGGCACCCCUGUUUUCAAAACCGUUCAAUAAUAAAAUAUUUUCUGAGAUUGGAGAACACAUUGGCAGGGAUCUCGGACAAUUCCUAAAUGCAGAAUCUUUCCAGAUCCUUGAUAUCCUUUGUCUGUGCUUAUAAACUUCCUUCUUCAAUUCAAACCACAGGUUUUCAAUGGGGUUCAAUAAUAAUAAUAAAUAAUUAGUCAUUUAGCAGACGCUCUUAUCCAGAGCGACUUACAGGAGCAAUUAGGGUUAAGUGCCUUGCUCAAGGGCACAUCGACAGAUUUUUCACCUAGUCGGCUCGGGGAUUAGAACCAGCGACCUUUCGGUUACUGGCACAACGCUCUUAACCACUAAGCUACCUGCCGCCCGGAGUCUGGAGACUGAGAUGGCCAUUGCAACUUGUUGAUUUUGUGGUCAAUUAACAAUUUCUUUGUGGAUGCGUGCUUGGGGUUAUUGUAUUGCUGGACAAUCCACUUGCGGCCAAGUUUCAGCCUCCUAGCAGAGGCAACCAGGUUGUUGGCUAAAAUAUACUGGUACUGGGGGAAGUUAAUGAUGCCGUUGACCUUAACACGGGCCCCAAGAUGAGUGGAAACAAGUGCUGCGUUGAGGUCUGUUUCGGUUCUAUUAUUAAAAAUAAUUAUGGGGUUUCGAUUAUUUGACAUUUUAAAACGAUUCAGGCUUUUUAAUGGAAAUUCCAAAGCCAAAAAUAGUCAAUUGCCAAAACAUUAAAAAAUAUUCCAUUGUCUGUGUCAGGUCCACAUAGAAAAAUUGGAAAUUGCUAUGUAACUAUAAAAUAUUUAAGUUGUGUAUAUUACUUAGUUUUAUGUGACUCUUUAAUUCCUUAGUCAUCAUAUCUGCUCAGGCAGUAGCAGCCAGACAACCAUUUGUCAUUUAGCAGACGCUCUUAUCCAGAGUUAGUGAGUGCAUACAUUUUUAUAAUUUUUUCAUACUGGCCCCCCAUGGGAAUCGAACCCACAACACUGUCUUUAGUCAUCAUAUUUAGCUAGGCAAGACAGCCCAAGUAUGCUGCAGAGCUGACUGACAAAAUGUUUACUAGUUUUUGAAAGUAGAUACAGUUCAUGAAAGUAUGCCUUAUCCCUCUCUCACAUCGUUGUGUACAUUCCUCUCUCAUGCGGCGACGUAUGCUGUCUGUAUCUAACCUAACAGGCGUGAAAGGGGAUACCUAGUCAGUUGCACAACUGAAUGCAUUCAACCGAAAUGUCUUCUGCAUUUAACCCAACCCCUCUGAAUCAGGGAGAUGCGGGGUCUGCCUUAAUUGAUGUCCACGUCAUCGGCGCCUGGGUAGCAGUUGUUGUUGGGGGUUAGCUGCCUUGGUCAAGAACGGCAGAUUUUUCCACCUGAACCGGCAACCUUUCAGUUACUGGCCCAAUGCAGUGUAUCCAACUCUGUCCAAGCCGGAAAAGAGCAUGCGCAAUGGAUUAUGGUCGUUGUAGUUGAUUACUACAUUUCCACGCUGAACUAGGUUGAAUAUUUGCUUAAUGAUAACUACAACUCCCUUCAGCCCAGCGUCCCAUAUACAGGGUGGGAAAUUGUACUUUUUGGUCCACAAGUCACUGUGGCAGGUAGAUUACAAAAUCCACCAGCCACUCUGAUUUUUUUUUGCCGGCCAAAAUAUUUUCCGCCAUAUUUCCACCACACACAAAAACUGAGCCUGCUUUUUUUUUCUAAAACAAGAAAUGUAUUACUAGUAAGAAAUAAUGGGGUAUAUUGCUUAAUUUAUUUACAUUUGUGACCUGAGACUAUUAACCAAUAUAUGUUAAAUUAAAUCCUUUAGAUACAAUAGUAAAAACAGAAACAGUUCUACAACUGAACAUCAAGAAUCAACAAAGUACCUGCCCUGGCACAAAAUGCUGAGUGAUAUGGCUUAUUUAUUUUUAUAGUUCAGGGCUCUACGCUGACAUUUUUUACAAGGUGUACAUGAUGUCCUCCUAUGUAGAAGCACACAAAUACAUCUAGGAGAACAAUUGAAGUGUGAGUGUUUUAAUGAUAAGAAAUGACGAAGUUCAUGAAUACACUUUUUUUUUAGGAGUGAUCCAUGCUCAAUCAGGUGCAAUCAUUAGGUGAGACAAAUGUUCAGCUGCGCCUUAAAGGGACAGACCUUUACUGUGGUAACUUGUGCACGCACUUGUCUGUGAUGAGGAAAAUGUCUGACUGCGAUGUCUUCAUAGCAGCAUACAGUUGCAGCAAACUCAAACUACAUUGAAAAACAUCCUAGCGUGUGAACAAAACAAUAUAACUGGCUAAGAAACACGAGGACAAAGUCAAACUUCAGUGGCCUUGCCAAUUCGACCAACAUCUACAUGUGACCUUUGGAUAAAAAAAAAAGAACUGUUCCCAAGUGCUGUGACCACCCGCCAACGUGGCUGGUGAAAUAGACAUUCUUACUCGGCAAAGACAAAAUCUACCCGCAUUUGGCGGGUGUUAAUUUCCAACCCUGCCCAUAUAGUUCUUGACUUCAUGUCUCUCGUUAAAUAUUUGAUUUCACUCUAGAGAAAAGGCGUAGCCUGAUCCCAACAAUCCUCCUCCUGCUGACUUUAGCAGAUUCUGCCUUUACUCUCCUGAAGUUGCCGGUAAUAUGCUACACAUGGAAUCGGCAACUUUUCUCAUGUGGAAUGCCAAUUUAUCUUACCAUUUCUACCGAUCUGCGUGACAGUUAUGGUUUUCAUAUGCACAUUUUUAAGGAACAGUUUCAUUUAAUUUAUAAUACUGUCUUCGUAUCUCAAUCAUUCAUGUGGUUAAUCAAAAUUCUAUCCAAAUCUAAAUUAAUAUGAUACAAACCUAAAAAGUAACUUCUAUUGUCAUUGCCAACUAUGUAACAAUUGCCUACACAAGCCAUUGAGCUCGGGACAGACACAGCUGUAGGCUAUUUGCGCAAGGGAUAAGAAGUAAUCCGGUAGGCCUAUUUUAUGACGUUUCCACUGGAUCGGAUCAUUACAUUUUCCCCUUUUCACGCUGAGUGGUUAUCGAAGGAGAGCGAGCUGGAAAGAUUUUUCAAAAUCAUUGAGGAACUGUCAUUCUCAAUGGAUGUUUGAGUUGAAGAACAUUACUUUGAGAAGCGCCACAGCUCAUUAGUGGUGGUGCGUUAAGCCAAUCAGAAAUACUACCAGAUUCCCAAAUGGGCACAUUUACAAGCUUACAUUUGUGCGCAGGCCAGGUAGCCUGUAGUCCUACUUCUAUGCGUAGUCGGGUGAUUACUCAACAUUGACAGGAGUGUGCCAAACAAAAGACAAUGACUUAAUUGACAACUUGUAAAUGGAAUGAAAUAAACCAAAACUUGUUUCUCACAAGUGUAGCAUAGGUUGUGCGCACUGCAAACAACGUGUCCACUCUGACAAUGAGAAUGGUAAAAUACUGGAAUAAUAUAUUGAAUGCAUUAACAGCGAUUACCUUAACCAAACAAAUAUUGUAGAUUAGAAAUGAUAGGAAUUAAUGGUAAAUGGGGCGGCAGGUAGCUUGGUGGGUAAGAGCGUUGUGCCAGGAACCGAAAGGUUAUUGGUUCUAAUCCCUGAGCCGACUAGGUGAAAAAUCUGUCGAUGUGCCCUUAAGCAAGGCACUUAACCCUAAUUGCUCAUGUAAGUCGCUCUGGAUAAGAGCGUCUGCUAAAUGACAAAAAAAUAAAAAUAAUGUACUACUGGUGAUGUGUGUAAUGGGGAAUUGAUAGACUUAACAAUCAAACGCAAACAGGUCACAGAAUGAAGUUAUGAAACAAUGAAUGUGCACAAAUUGGCAGGAGAGCGCUUCCUGGAGAGGGACUUGCAUUGUAGCCACACUCCCCUUCUUGGGCUGUGCCAAUUAUUUGGUGCAUACAAUAUAGCUCAAUAUUUGUAUUUCUUUUAUACAGUUUUUUUUGUUGCUCAUCUUUAUCAAGGGGGUCAAUAAUUUGACCUGACUACAUACACGCACGCAUCAGUCAGAGCUAGAAAGUUGGCUGUCAGAAGUAUUACAAUGUAAACAUACUUUUAAUCUGCAUAUUUCAAGACAUGGCAUAUGGAGGUUUAGUGAGAUACCCAAUGGGCCGGACAAUUCUCUUAUCACUCAUCUUGAAAAAACGUAUACUAAAAACAAUGGAAAAAUCAAGUGAUUCGUUAUUUAAAUAGCAUGGAUGACUGAGGGAAAAACAAAUGGAUACAAUUUUAAGACCAAGUGGCAAACAAUAAUGCAGGCACUAGGGAUGGGGGUGUGAGCAUGUGGGUCUGGGCACAUGAGAUGUAGUCAUUGUUUGUGUGCGUCUAAGUUGUUGUUCAUAUCUAUGAACUUUGUUGUGGAGUAUGGCUGUGUUGAAAACCGAUAAUUGUUCCCUCCAAAACUUAGAGGUCUACUUCAGAUAUGUUAGGAACACUGGUCCCAAAAAAUAAAAUGUCUGACACAUGAACCUCUGUCCUCAGGUGCGUGGGGUCGGGACUGGCGGUAUUGUGUCCACAGCCUUCUGCCUACUGUAUAAACUGUUUACCCUCAAGAUGACCCGUAAACAGGUGAUGGGACUGAUCACUCACAACGACUCACCCUACAUCAGAGCACUUGGCUUUAUGUACAUAAGGUACAACUCUUUGUUUAAUUUUGGUUUAUGUAAAAGACAAAUGUUUGCACAGAAGGAUUGGACCAAUUUUUUUGAUUUUUAUAUAUGGCUGCAAAAAUAUUUCACUCGCCAUGCCUUAAUGUGUUGCAACCUCUUUGAAAUGCUCAGCAGUCAUUUUGCGGUGUUUAGUUGCAUGCAUAGACUUACACAUAGCAUCAUUGUAUCUGUCCCAUUAUGGCUUCUGUGAGAGCAAGGGCAGCACCAUUGAGGCCAUCUCUAUUUUGAAGUAGACAAUUUUCUUCUACUUCUAUGAGUUGACAAACAAACUGAAAGGGUGCCCACUGCCACCUAAAGUUUAUUAUUUGAACAGGUAUAAAGCCAAGGUUGGUAAUUUACUGCCACCUGCAGUUAUGGAAUGUUUCCUCAAGUAUAAAUCAUUGGCUGAUCCCCUGUGGUGACCUUGAUGGAAUUAAAAUGAUCUCUAGCAAAUUUGGUAUACACAAUGCAACUCAAACAAUAUUGAAAUUGCAUCAAUGAUGUCAAUGUUUUCUGCAUUUCCCGUUUGGUAUGUCUCUUGUGAUGUGGUUCACAGCAGCACUGACGGAUGUGUUGACAUGACAACUAUCAGAGUUUUGAACAACAACGCUUCCCCCCCUUGUUCCAUUUUGGCUGAAGACCUAGCUAUCCAGUAACUAGCGAACACCAGACACAGAUGAAAGGGGAAACAUAAGUAUCUUUGCCAUAGGCGAAAACUGAACUUUUAUGAUAUUUGCUGACACCCUGCAGUAACAUUUUGGCACCAGUAGAGUAGCUGUAUAAACCACGCCCUUCUGCAAACACUCCUUUUCUGACGAUGGUUACAAGGCGGUACUUAUUUAAAUAACAUGAGAAUAUAAUGUUACCAUUGGUGUAUUAAAAUGACAGUUUGGGUGAUAUCCCCUUAAUAAUCCCACCUCCUGAAUCCACAUGUUUGACACGAGGGACGGAACCAGUACCUUUAUGACAUCUUAUCAAUUAAUGUAGAAGCAGUAGUCAUUUUUCAUACUUUGGCCAUCAUACUUUGAUCUGGUUUUAUCCAAAUGUCAUCAAAUUUAUCAAAAUAUCAUCAAAUUUCAUGAAAAACAUGAUUGACUGUUCAUGACCUUUAACCCUUAGCAUACAAUAUUCCGCGCCCCCGCGUAAAUCUAAUUAACAUAAUAAAAUAAUCCCCAUCCAAAUCUGUUUAAGCUAGUGAUAUCUGUUUUUUUGCAUGGCCCUGUCUCAAUCCACAACAUCCGCCGAUAUCGCGCUUCCGCAUCUGUGGUUAAAGGUGGCAGUGCUAGACCAGUGUUUGUCAGACCAUGAGACAUCCCGAAAAUCGGUCUUCUCACAAAAACGUCUGUAGUGUCCAAACAGUUUGGCCUACAAAGUAUUAUGACCACUCUAUUGAAAGAAGAGACUGUUUUGCUCUAGGAUGCUCACAAGACUCAUCUGAAGUCGGUACAGCCUCUUCUGCCAAUUCUGUCUGUAGCGUCCGAACGGUUUGGUAUUCACACUAAUAUGACCUCUCUGUGGACAGCUGAGACUAUCGCGAACACGAUGGCCUUAGCACGCCACAAGCCUCACGAGUCGUCUGAAGGUCCCCGGUACCAGUAAAAAAUAUAUAUGGAAGUAUAUAUGGAGAUAGUUUAGUGCCUAAAAUGUUUAGGCCUCCUGUAGCUCAGUUGGUAGAGCAUGGCGCUUGCAACGCCAGGGUUGUGGGUUCGAUUCCCACGGGGGGGCCAGUAUGAAAAAAUGUAUGCACUCACUAAGUCGGUCUGGAUAAGAGCGUCUGCUAAAUGAGUAAAAUGAAAUAAAAUACGAGGAUAAUUAAAAAUGGGGGGGGGGAAAUAAGAGAAUCCUGAUCUUUCUUACAGUGCCUUGCAAAAGUAUUCAUCCCCCUUGGCGUUUUUCCUAUUUUGUUGCAUUACAACCUGUAAUUUAAAUGGAUUAUCUGGAUUUCAUGUAAUGGACAUACACAAAAUAGUCCAAAUUGGUGAAGUGGAAGGGAAAAAAAACUUGUUUCAAAAAAUUCUACAAAAUAAGGGGGAAAGUGGUGUGUGCAUAUGUAUUCAACCCUUUGCUAUGAAGCCCCUAAAUAAGAUCUGGUGCAACCAAUUACCUUCAGAAGUCACAUAAUUAGUUAAAAGUCCAAGGAGCUCUCCAAACAGGUCAGGGACAAGGUUGUGGAGAAGUACAGAUCAGGGUUGGGUUAUAUAAAAAAUAUAUUUAACUUUGAACAUCCCACAGAGCAACAUUAAAUCCAUUAUUAAAAACUGGAAAGAAUAUGGCACCACAACAAACCUGCCAAGAGAGGGCCGCCCACCAAAACUCACAGACCAGGCAAGGAGGGCAUUAAUCAGAGAGGCAACAAAGGGACCAAAUAUAACCCUGAAGGAGCUGCAAAGCUCCACAGCAGAGAUUGGAGUAUCUGUCCAUAGGACCACUUUAAGCCGUACACUCCACAGAGCUGGGCUUUACGGAAGAGUGGCCAGAAAAAAGCCGUUGCUUAAAGGAAACUAUAAGCAAACACAUUUGGUGUUCGCCAAAAGGCAUGUGGGAGACUCCCCAAACAUAUGGAAAAAGGUACUCUGGUCAGAUGAGACUAAAAUUUAGCUUUUUGGCCAUCAAGGAAAACGCUAUGUCUGGCGCAAACCCAACACCUUUCAUCACCCCGGAAACACCAACACCAUUUUUUCCCCCCAUCGGCAGGGACUGGGAAACUGGUCAGAAUUGAAGGAAUGAUGGAUGGCGCUAAAUACAGGGAAAUUCUGGAGGGAAACCUGUUUCAGUCUUCCAGAGAUUUGAGACUGGGACGGAGGUUCACCUUCCAGCAGGACAAUGACCCUAAACGUACUGCUAAAGCAACACUCGAGUGGUUUAAGGGGAAGCAUUUAAAUGUCUUGGAAUGACCUAGUCAAAGCCCAGACCUCAAUCCAAUUGAGAAUGUGGUAUGACUUCAAGAUUGCUGUACACCAGCGGAACCCAUCCAACUUGAAGGAGCUGGAGCAGUUUUGCCUUGAAUAAUGGGCAAAAAUCCCAGUGGCUAGAUGUGCCAAGCUUAUAGAGACAUACCCCAAGAGACUUGCAGCUGUAAUUGCUGCAAAAGGUGGCUCUACAAAGUAUUGACUGGGGGGGGGGUGAAAUAGUUAUGCACGCUCAAGUUCUGUUUUUUUGUUUGUCUUGUUUGUUUGACAAAUAUUUUGUAUCUUCAAAGUGCUAGGCAUGUUGUGUAAAUCAAAUGAUACAAACCCCCCAAAAAUAUAUUUAAAUUCCAGGUUGUAAGGCAACAAAAUAGGAAAAAUGCCAAGGGGGGUGAAUACUUUCGCAAGACACUAUAUCUCUCAGAUAUGACAGAUACGUCAGAACAAUCUCCCUUUAGAUUUUUUGGGGGACUGUCUGUUCCAUGUAGUGAAUCUGUCAUUCAAUGUGUUUCUAUUGGCUAAUAGCAGUAAUGCCAAAUUCAAUGUUUCAUCCAUCAAUUUGAUAUUUUUUGAUACCUUAAGGGGUCUUCAUUCAAAAUUGAAUAGCUAAGUGAUCCUUGGUAUGAUCAUCUUACAACAAUUCCAUAUGUUAUCUUAGAACCCCCCCUCCUCCCCCGGCUUAGACUCUAGAGGGUUAACCCAUAGGAAGUCCCACCCAGUUGACUACUUUCAAAAUGGUGAAAGUCCUCAAUGGCGCCGCCCAUGCUAAAACGGGCUUUUGGGCACUCGAGUCCUCUAUGGUGGCAUUUUUCCGGCUUACACCACUCUGUCGUUCUGCACCCUGAGCAAGGCAGUUAACCCACUGUUCCCCGGGCGCCGAUGACAUGGAUGCCGAUUUAAGGCAGCCCUCCGCACCGAUCUGAUUCAGAGGGGUUGUGUUAAAUGCGGAAGAUACAUUUCAGUUGAAUGCAUUGAGUUGUACAACUGACUAGGUAUCCCCCUUACCUGAUCUUUCCUGGAAUGGAGAGUUACUUUGAGUUUGGUGUUAUGUUACGUGUCUUCUCAGAAGAAAAUCUGAUUCACAUACAACACUCUAGUUUUAGAUGGUUAACAUCAGUGCCAAGUUGCAGGCGGUAGUCCAAGACAUCUACAUGUGUUAUUCAAUGGGAUGUUCAUAAUUGUUGUAUGUUUCUUUAUCCAGAUACACCCAGCCCCCUGCUGACCUGGUGGACUGGUAUGAUGGUUUCAUGGAUGAUGAGGAGGUAUGUCCACACGGGUAAUACUUUCAUGUUUCUCUACCUUUCAGUAACUAGUCUGGCAUGAUCCAAACUGUUGUCUCUCAGUUCUCUCCUUGUUGUGAUGCUCAGAGCUGAUUUUUCACCUUUGCCUUCAUUUGGCUUAAUUGCCCUCCCCCAGUCACCCUCCCCAAAGUUGGGUAACUAGGUAAUUCACUCUGCUGCCUGUUUUUGUCAGGGUAAGUAUAUUUGACCAUAGUCAAAUUCUGUUAACUAAAGGCAUGCCCAGAUGUAAUCAGGACUUGUUGCACAAAACUAAUUUACAAAACUUGACAACUACACCGAAAUGUAUAACAUGGUUCCUCCCUGGCCCCACCACCUGACAGAUCAUAGUUUUUGUUUUUUGUGAAAAAUUCAAAUUGUAACCAUUUUAGAAGAAAAUACUUUAACACAUAAAUGCUUUGUUUGCUUCUCUCUGACACACACACCUACUUAGCAUAAUUUCCUGGGGAGAAUCUUGUUAUAGAUUUAUCUUCUCUGUUCACCUUCAAUUGGCUGGAUAGUGUUUGGCAGACUGUGCAACCAGGCCUACUUUCUUGUUCUGAUGCAAUAUUUUAACCUUACAUCCUUUGACAACCUACCUAACUGGCUAAUUCCCAUGUUCUCUUCUUUAGAUGCCCCUUGUGCAGCAGGUGAAUUGGAUAAUGUAUCUCUCAGCACUGUUGGUUUGCGUGUGUGAGUGCAAAACAGCUGUUCAGUUCUCUACCCAUUCAGACCUGGUCUCUAUGUAGCUGGUGUGCACCUACCUACUUAUCUACCUCCUCCACUCUGUACUUUCACUGUGGCCGAAGUCUCCCUGGACUGUCGAGGAAGGAGGAAGCACAAAACUUAUCUUGAAACCCUUCUUUCUUGACUGUCCACGGAUCCAUCUCAAUUGUUUUGAAGUCGUUUUCUCUCCUUGUUUCACCCCUACCUUUACUACUUAUUUUAAUGCUAGAGGAGAUGGUGGAAAAGAGAUCAGGAGAGGAAGCCACUUGACUAUUGAGAUGCACCCCAGGGUGUUUUCUGUUAUUUUAACAACAUAUACUAUAUAUACUAAAGUAUGUGGACACCCCUUCAAAUUAGUGGAUUUGGCUAUUUCAGCCACACCCGUUGCUGACACGUAUGAAAUCGAGCACACAGCCAUGCAAUCUCCAUAGUCAAACAUUGGCAGUAGAAUAGCCCGUACUGAAGAGCUCAGUGACUUUCAACGUGGCACUGUCAUAGGAUGCCACCUUUCCAACAAGUCAUUUCAUCAAAUUUCUGCCCUGCUAGAGCUGCCCUGGUCAACUGUAAGUGUUAUUGUGAAGUGGAAAUGUCUAGGAGCAACAACAGUUCAGCCGCGAAUUGGUAGGCCACAAGCUCACGGAACGGGAGUACUGUAGCACGUAAGAAUUGUCUGUCCUCGGUUGCAACACUCACUACCAAGUUCUAAACUGCCUCAGAAAGCAACGUCAGCACAAGAACUGUUAGUCGGGAGCUUCAUGAAAUGGGUUUCCAUGGCUGAGCAGCCACACAAGCCUAAGAUCACCAUGUGCAAUGGCAAGCUUCGGUUGGAGUGGUGUAAAGCUCACUGCCAUUGGACUCUGGUGCAGAGGAAACGCGUUCUCUGGAGUGAUGAAUCACGCUUCACCAUCUGGCAGUCCGACGGACGAAUCUGGGUUUGGCGGAUGCCAGGAGAACGCUACUUGCCCGACUGCAUAGUGCCAACUGUAAAGUUUUGUGGGGCUGUUUUUCAUGGUUCGGGCUAGGCCCCUUAGUUCCAGUGAAGUGAAUCUUAACGCUACAGCAUACAUUGACAUUCUAGACUAUUCUGUGCUUCCAACUUUGUGGCAACAGUUUGGGGAAGGCCCUUUCCUGUUUCAGCAUGACAAUGCCCCCUUGCACAAAGGGAGGUCAAUACAGAAAUGGUUUGUUGAGAUCGGUAUGGAAGAACUUCACUGGCCUGUACCUUUUGGGAUGAAUUGGAAAGCAGACUGCGAGCCAGGCCCAAUCGCCCAACAUCAGUGCCUGACCUCACUAAUGCUCUUGUGGCUGAAUGGAAGCAAGUAAGUCCCCGCAGCAAUGUUCCAAUAUCUAGUGGAAAGACUUCCCAGAAGAGUGGAGGCUGUUAUAGCAGCAAAGGGACCAACUCCAUAUUAAUGCCCAUGAUUUUGGAAUGAGAUGUUUGAUAAGCACGUGUCCACAUACUUUUGGUCAUGUAGUGUAUCUUUGUAAGAGAGCUCAGUCUAAGUACAGACUCUUGAGGACAGCUAGACAGAUUAGAUGAAAAACUAUUUUUCCAUUUCCCUACUAUUAUUUCCUAUAGUAUCAGGCACUAAGCUAAAUUUUUAUGCAAACACAUAAUGAUAUGUGAGCAUAUUAAGCUAGAUGAAAACAGAGGUGAAGGUUCAGUACAUGGUCAUCACAAAUUUUAUAUUUUAUUUCUAAUUGAGUGAUGGAGGCAAGCGUUAAAAACCAGGGACUAGGAAGAUAAUCCUGUAAAUCGCUCUGGAUAGGAGUGUCUGCUAAAUGCCAAAAAUGUAAAUGAAUAAAUAGGAUUAUAAAUACAAUCAAUGUAUUUUGUACUUCUGUUUGCAUCUGAGUGUGUUAAUAAGGUUUGAAUACCUCCACCCCCGUCCCCCCCUAUGUUCUCAGGAGCUAGAUGUGAAGGCCGGAGGAGGCUGCGUUAUGACCAUCGGAGAGAUGGUCCGGUCAUUCCUCACCAAGCUGGAGUGGUUCUCCACACUCUUUCCACGCAUCCCGGUGCCCGUGCAGAAGAUGAUCGACACGCAGAUGAAGGCAAGGCCCCGGAAGGUUCCCGAGAAGGUAGAGGAGCCGGAGAAACCACCAACAGAGGAGGGGCGGGCAACAGAGGGCCGUAGACGCUCCAGGUAGGAAAUGGAGAGCAGCCAUUACAGAUAAUAUUAUGUUGAUCACAUCUGGCAAUGAGAGGGAUUGUGAUAAUGCAGCUGAAAUUUUGUUUUGUUUCUACAUGUCUCUGGUCAGGAGCCCCAGACGGACCCCGAGCCCCAGGAGGUCUCCCAAACGGUCGAGGAGCAGGAGCCACCACCGCGAACGAGAGCGCCAUGGCCCCAGUUUCGACCGCGAGCUGGAGAGGGAACGCGACCGCCAGAGGAAAGAGCGGGACACUAAGGACGGGGACAGGAAAGGAGGAGACCGGGAGAGAGGAGGCGAGAGGGAGAGGCGUCGGUCCCGGAGUGCCGACCGUACCCAGGAACGCCGGGAACGUCGCAGGAGCUGCAGCGUGAGUCGGGACCGCAAGGGAGAGCGGAAAGACAGGGAGAAAGAUGGGCAGGGGGGCGGGGAGAAUGACAGGAGGAAGGACAGGGAGUACCAUAAAGACGGGGGCAGCGAGAGGGAGAGGUCCAAGGACAAGAGGAGCAAGGGAGAGACGGAGGACAGGAGAAAAAAAGAAGAGAGGGAUGAGAGGAGGGGUCACAAGAAGGCCAAGCGCUCCAGUCGGAGUGCAAGCAGGGAAAAGAGACACAAGGAUAAGUCCAAGAAGAGAGAAGUCCAAGAAGAGAGUGGGGGCAGGGCCGAGGUAAGGGAGGAGAAGGAGAAGAGCAGGAAGAGGGAGCGCAGCCAGGAGAGGGAGGAGGUGCAGCGCUCGCACAAACACAGCCGCAGCAAAGAGCUGGGCCAUCGGCCACGAGAGCCCAGCAAUGGGAAAGACCACAGGAAACACGUGGAGCGCAGGACGAGCCAGAGCACAGAGCGAACUAGUGCCGAUCCCCCCUAGCGCCAGUCACAACUCUCCCUCCAUCCUUUCUCUUCCUUAAAUUUUUUUAAACUUGAUUGUGUAGUCUGUCACUUGUUUAAAAAAAACAUUAGCACAAAACCACCUUGACUUGUCUUUGGCCAAUGUGACGUUGCUUUAUGUAGAUCUUUCUCUCUCUCUGCCUUUCUCAUCCCUUUCUAGACCAGCGUUACUCUUCUCUCUCUCAAAAAAAAAAAGCCUUUCAAUCUUUAUGGUUCUUUUUUUUUUUCUCUCUGGAAAGUUCCAAAUUGCUUUGUACAUAUGGGUCUGAGAAUGUUUUAAAUCCUACAGAGCAACCUCCGAAGGUGAAUUUGUACUACGCACUGAGCCGUGCUGAAAUUGUGCUGUUUGGUUAAUUGCUCUGUUGCAAUUUGUUUUCUAAUAAAAUGACUUAUGAAAGGAG